GUCACGGUGCGCUCGGCCGCGCCCGGCAAGGCCCCGGUGACGGUGACGUCACUGCCCGCCGGCGUCAGGAUGGUGGUGCCCAGCCAGAGCCCCCAGGGCACGGUGUCCCCAGGUGUGUCCCCAGGUGUCCCCAGGCUCACCCAGGUGUCCCCGUGCCCGCAGGUGAUCGGCAGCAGCCCGCAGAUGAGCGGCAUGGCGGCGCUGGCGGCGGCGGCCGCGGCCACCCAGAAGAUUCCGCCGGCGUCGGCGCCCACCGUGCUCAGCGUCCCCGCGGGGGCCACCAUCGUCAAAACGGUGGCCGUCACCCCCGGGGCCACCACCCUGCCCGCCACCGUCAAGGUGGCCUCGUCACCUGUCAUGGUGAGCAACCCGGCCACGCGGAUGCUGAAGACGGCGGCCGCCCAGGUGGGCACGGCCGGGGGGUCCCCUGCGGCCACCAAUGCGGCCACCAGGCCGAUCAUCACGGUGCACAAGUCGGGCACGGUGACGGUGGCCCAGCAGGCCCAGGUGGUCACCACCGUGGUCGGAGGGGUCACCAAAACCAUCACCCUGGUCAAGAGCCCCAUCUCGGUGCCGGGGGGCAGCGCCCUGAUCUCCAACCUGGGCAAGGUGAUGUCGGUGGUGCAGACGAAACCGGUGCAGAGCUCGGCCGUCACCGGACAGGCCUCGAGCGGCCCCGUCACCCAAAUCAUCCAGACCAAGGGUCCCCUCCCCGCCGGGACCAUCCUGAAGCUGGUGACGUCGGGGGAGGGGAAGCCCACCACCAUCCUGACCAGCACGCAGGCGGGGGCGGGGGCGGCCAAGCCCCCCACCAUCCUGGGCAUCAGCAGCGUGACCCCCAGCACCACCAAACCCGGGACCACCACCAUCAUCAAAACCAUCCCCAUGUCGGCCAUCAUCACCCAGUCGGGGGCUACCGGUGUCACCAGCAGCCCCGGGAUCAAGUCCCCCAUCACCAUCAUCACCACCAAGGUGAUGACGUCGGGCACCGGGACCCCCGCCAAAAUCAUCACGGCCGUGCCCAAACUGGGCGGGGGGCACGGGCAGCAGGGCGUGACACAGGUGGUGCUGAAGGGGGCCCCAGGCCAGCCGGGCACGAUCCUGCGGACGGUGCCCAUGGGCGGUGUCCGGUUGGUCACUCCCGUCACCGUCUCGGCCGUCAAGCCCACGGUGACCACCCUGGUGGUCAAGGGCACCACCGGUGUGACCACGCUGGGGACGGUGACAGGGACGGUGUCCACCAGCCUGGCGGGAGGGGCCGGUGGCCACAGCGCCACGGCCUCGCUGGCCACGCCCAUCACCACCCUGGGGACAAUCGCCACCCUCUCGAGCCAGGUCCUGAACCCUGCGGCCAUCACGGCCACCGCGGCCGGGGGCGGCCUGGGGACACCGACCAUCACCAUGCAGCCGGUGUCCCAGCCCACGCAGGUGACGCUCAUCACCACGCCCAGCGGCGUGGAGGCCCAGCCCGUCCACGACCUCCCCGUGUCCAUCCUGGCGUCCCCCACGGCCGAAGCCCCUCCGGCCGCCGCCUCGGGGGGCCCCGCGCUGACCGAGCCCCCCGCGGCCGAGCCCGGCACGGUGACCCUGGUGUGCUCCAACCCCCCCUGCGAGACCCACGAGACCGGCACCACCAACACGGCCACCACCAGCCUGGUGGCCAACGUGGGGACGGGAGGGGGACAGGUGCAGCUGCUGUGCGAGGACACGGGCGGGGGGACGGCGCUGCCGGCGCCCCCCCGGGCCUGCUCCAACCCCCCCUGCGAGACCCACGAGACGGGGACCACCAACACGGUGACGACGACGGCGCCACGGCAACCGCGCGCCGGCGACAGCGGGACGGCCGGCGCGGUGACGGUGACGGGGUCCCAGCUCUGCUCCAACCCCCCCUGCGAGACACACGAGACCGGCACCACCAACACGGUGACGACGACGGCGCCACGGCAACCGCGCGCCGGCGACAGCGGGACGGCCGGCGCGGUGACGGUGACGGGGUCCCAGCUCUGCUCCAACCCCCCCUGCGAGACACACGAGACCGGCACCACCAACACGGUGACGACGACGGCGCCACGGCAACCGCGCGGCGGCGACAGCGGGACGGCCGGCGCGGUGACGGUGACGGGGUCCCAGCUCUGCUCCAACCCCCCCUGCGAGACCCACGAGACCGGCACCACCAACACGGCCACCACCAGCCUGGUGGCCAACGUGGGGACGGGAGGGGGACAGGUGCAGCUGCUGUGCGAGGACACGGGCGGGGGGACGGCGCUGCCGGCGCCCCCCCGGGCCUGCUCCAACCCCCCCUGCGAGACCCACGAGACGGGGACCACCAACACGGUGACGACGACGGCGCCACGGCCGCCCUGUGCCGAGGACAGCGGGACGGCGGUGACAACGACGGGGUCCCAGCUCUGCUCCAACCCCCCCUGCGAGACCCACGAGACAGGGACGACCAGCACGGCCACCACCACCACGGCCACCUCGCGCCCGCCGCCACCGGGGACAGCACCGGGGACAGCACCGGGGACGUCAUCGGGGACGUCACCGGUGCCACCACCCUGCUCCAGCCGCGAGCCCGGCGCGGUGACGGUGACGGGGUCCCAGCUCUGCUCCAACCCCCCCUGCGAGACCCACGAGACGGGGGCCACCAACACGGUGACGACAACAGCGUCACGGCCACCCCGCGCCAGCGACAGCGGGACGGCGGUGACAACAACGGGGACACGGGUGUGCUCCAACCCCCCCUGCGAGACCCACGAGACGGGGGCCACCAACACGGUGACGACAACAGCGUCACGGCCACCCCGCGCCAGCGACAGCGGGACGGCGGUGACAACAACGGGGACACGGGUGUGCUCCAACCCCCCCUGCGAGACCCACGAGACGGGGGCCACCAACACGGUGACGACAACAGCGUCACGGCCACCCCGCGCCAGCGACAGCGGGACGGCGGUGACAACAACGGGGACACGGGUGUGCUCCAACCCCCCCUGCGAGACCCACGAGACGGGGGCCACCAACACGGUGACGACAACAGCGUCACGGCCACCCCGCGCCAGCGACAGCGGGACGGCGGUGACAACAACGGGGACACGGGUGUGCUCCAACCCCCCCUGCGAGACCCACGAGACGGGGGCCACCAACACGGUGACGACAACAGCGUCACGGCCACCCCGCGCCAGCGACAGCGGGACGGCGGUGACAACAACGGGGACACGGGUGUGCUCCAACCCCCCCUGCGAGACCCACGAGACGGGGGCCACCAACACGGUGACGACAACAGCGUCACGGCCACCCCGCGCCAGCGACAGCGGGACGGCGGUGACAACAACGGGGACACGGGUGUGCUCCAACCCCCCCUGCGAGACCCACGAGACGGGGGCCACCAACACGGUGACGACAACAGCGUCACGGCCACCCCGCGCCAGCGACAGCGGGACGGCGGUGACAACAACGGGGACACGGGUGUGCUCCAACCCCCCCUGCGAGACCCACGAGACGGGGGCCACCAACACGGUGACGACAACAGCGUCACGGCCACCCCGCGCCAGCGACAGCGGGACGGCGGUGACAACAACGGGGACACGGGUGUGCUCCAACCCCCCCUGCGAGACCCACGAGACGGGGGCCACCAACACGGUGACGACAACAGCGUCACGGCCACCCCGCGCCAGCGACAGCGGGACGGCGGUGACAACAACGGGGACACGGGUGUGCUCCAACCCCCCCUGCGAGACCCACGAGACGGGGGCCACCAACACGGUGACGACAACAGCGUCACGGCCACCCCGCGCCAGCGACAGCGGGACGGCGGUGACAACAACGGGGACACGGGUGUGCUCCAACCCCCCCUGCGAGACCCACGAGACGGGGGCCACCAACACGGUGACGACAACAGCGUCACGGCCACCCCGCGCCAGCGACAGCGGGACGGCGGUGACAACAACGGGGACACGGGUGUGCUCCAACCCCCCCUGCGAGACCCACGAGACGGGGGCCACCAACACGGUGACGACAACAGCGUCACGGCCACCCCGCGCCAGCGACAGCGGGACGGCGGUGACAACAACGGGGACACGGGUGUGCUCCAACCCCCCCUGCGAGACCCACGAGACGGGGGCCACCAACACGGUGACGACAACAGCGUCACGGCCACCCCGCGCCAGCGACAGCGGGACGGCGGUGACAACAACGGGGACACGGGUGUGCUCCAACCCCCCCUGCGAGACCCACGAGACGGGGGCCACCAACACGGUGACGACAACAGCGUCACGGCCACCCCGCGCCAGCGACAGCGGGACGGCGGUGACAACAACGGGGACACGGGUGUGCUCCAACCCCCCCUGCGAGACCCACGAGACGGGGGCCACCAACACGGUGACGACAACAGCGUCACGGCCACCCCGCGCCAGCGACAGCGGGACGGCGGUGACAACAACGGGGACACGGGUGUGCUCCAACCCCCCCUGCGAGACCCACGAGACGGGGGCCACCAACACGGUGACGACAACAGCGUCACGGCCACCCCGCGCCAGCGACAGCGGGACGGCGGUGACAACAACGGGGACACGGGUGUGCUCCAACCCCCCCUGCGAGACCCACGAGACGGGGGCCACCAACACGGUGACGACAACAGCGUCACGGCCACCCCGCGCCAGCGACAGCGGGACGGCGGUGACAACAACGGGGACACGGGUGUGCUCCAACCCCCCCUGCGAGACCCACGAGACGGGGGCCACCAACACGGUGACGACAACAGCGUCACGGCCACCCCGCGCCAGCGACAGCGGGACGGCGGUGACAACAACGGGGACACGGGUGUGCUCCAACCCCCCCUGCGAGACCCACGAGACGGGGGCCACCAACACGGUGACGACAACAGCGUCACGGCCACCCCGCGCCAGCGACAGCGGGACGGCGGUGACAACAACGGGGACACGGGUGUGCUCCAACCCCCCCUGCGAGACCCACGAGACGGGGGCCACCAACACGGUGACGACAACAGCGUCACGGCCACCCCGCGCCAGCGACAGCGGGACGGCGGUGACAACAACGGGGACACGGGUGUGCUCCAACCCCCCCUGCGAGACCCACGAGACGGGGGCCACCAACACGGUGACGACAACAGCGUCACGGCCACCCCGCGCCAGCGACAGCGGGACGGCGGUGACAACAACGGGGACACGGGUGUGCUCCAACCCCCCCUGCGAGACCCACGAGACGGGGGCCACCAACACGGUGACGACAACAGCGUCACGGCCACCCCGCGCCAGCGACAGCGGGACGGCGGUGACAACAACGGGGACACGGGUGUGCUCCAACCCCCCCUGCGAGACCCACGAGACGGGGGCCACCAACACGGUGACGACAACAGCGUCACGGCCACCCCGCGCCAGCGACAGCGGGACGGCGGUGACAACAACGGGGACACGGGUGUGCUCCAACCCCCCCUGCGAGACCCACGAGACGGGGGCCACCAACACGGUGACGACAACAGCGUCACGGCCACCCCGCGCCAGCGACAGCGGGACGGCGGUGACAACAACGGGGACACGGGUGUGCUCCAACCCCCCCUGCGAGACCCACGAGACGGGGGCCACCAACACGGUGACGACAACAGCGUCACGGCCACCCCGCGCCAGCGACAGCGGGACGGCGGUGACAACAACGGGGACACGGGUGUGCUCCAACCCCCCCUGCGAGACCCACGAGACGGGGGCCACCAACACGGUGACGACAACAGCGUCACGGCCACCCCGCGCCAGCGACAGCGGGACGGCGGUGACAACAACGGGGACACGGGUGUGCUCCAACCCCCCCUGCGAGACCCACGAGACGGGGGCCACCAACACGGUGACGACAACAGCGUCACGGCCACCCCGCGCCAGCGACAGCGGGACGGCGGUGACAACAACGGGGACACGGGUGUGCUCCAACCCCCCCUGCGAGACCCACGAGACGGGGGCCACCAACACGGUGACGACAACAGCGUCACGGCCACCCCGCGCCAGCGACAGCGGGACGGCGGUGACAACAACGGGGACACGGGUGUGCUCCAACCCCCCCUGCGAGACCCACGAGACGGGGGCCACCAACACGGUGACGACAACAGCGUCACGGCCACCCCGCGCCAGCGACAGCGGGACGGCGGUGACAACAACGGGGACACGGGUGUGCUCCAACCCCCCCUGCGAGACCCACGAGACGGGGGCCACCAACACGGUGACGACAACAGCGUCACGGCCACCCCGCGCCAGCGACAGCGGGACGGCGGUGACAACAACGGGGACACGGGUGUGCUCCAACCCCCCCUGCGAGACCCACGAGACGGGGGCCACCAACACGGUGACGACAACAGCGUCACGGCCACCCCGCGCCAGCGACAGCGGGACGGCGGUGACAACAACGGGGACACGGGUGUGCUCCAACCCCCCCUGCGAGACCCACGAGACGGGGGCCACCAACACGGUGACGACAACAGCGUCACGGCCACCCCGCGCCAGCGACAGCGGGACGGCGGUGACAACAACGGGGACACGGGUGUGCUCCAACCCCCCCUGCGAGACCCACGAGACGGGGGCCACCAACACGGUGACGACAACAGCGUCACGGCCACCCCGCGCCAGCGACAGCGGGACGGCGGUGACAACAACGGGGACACGGGUGUGCUCCAACCCCCCCUGCGAGACCCACGAGACGGGGGCCACCAACACGGUGACGACAACAGCGUCACGGCCACCCCGCGCCAGCGACAGCGGGACGGCGGUGACAACAACGGGGACACGGGUGUGCUCCAACCCCCCCUGCGAGACCCACGAGACGGGGGCCACCAACACGGUGACGACAACAGCGUCACGGCCACCCCGCGCCAGCGACAGCGGGACGGCGGUGACAACAACGGGGACACGGGUGUGCUCCAACCCCCCCUGCGAGACCCACGAGACGGGGGCCACCAACACGGUGACGACAACAGCGUCACGGCCACCCCGCGCCAGCGACAGCGGGACGGCGGUGACAACAACGGGGACACGGGUGUGCUCCAACCCCCCCUGCGAGACCCACGAGACGGGGGCCACCAACACGGUGACGACAACAGCGUCACGGCCACCCCGCGCCAGCGACAGCGGGACGGCGGUGACAACAACGGGGACACGGGUGUGCUCCAACCCCCCCUGCGAGACCCACGAGACGGGGGCCACCAACACGGUGACGACAACAGCGUCACGGCCACCCCGCGCCAGCGACAGCGGGACGGCGGUGACAACAACGGGGACACGGGUGUGCUCCAACCCCCCCUGCGAGACCCACGAGACGGGGGCCACCAACACGGUGACGACAACAGCGUCACGGCCACCCCGCGCCAGCGACAGCGGGACGGCGGUGACAACAACGGGGACACGGGUGUGCUCCAACCCCCCCUGCGAGACCCACGAGACCGGCACCACCAACACGGUGACGACGACGGCGCCACGGCCGCCCUGUGCCGAGGACAGCGGGACGGCGGUGACAACGACGGGGUCCCAGCUCUGCUCCAACCCCCCCUGCGAGACCCACGAGACCGGCACCACCAACACGGCCACCACGGCCACCGCCGGCUCCCGGCCGGGUGACGCCACCACCACGGCCACCAGCGCUGCCACCUCCGGCUCAGGGGGGUCCCCCCAGCCUGGUGCCAACCCCCCCUGCGGGACCCCCGAGCCCCCCGCGGGGUCCCCGCCCUGCCAGGGCCAGCAGGGCGGUGCUGAGGGGGUGACGGUGCCAGCGGCCGGCGGCGUCACCGGCGGCGUCACCAGCGGUGUCACCAGCGGCGUCACCAGCCCCCCCCGCGCCUGCUCCAACCCCCCCUGCGAGACCCACGAGACGGGGACGACGGCCACGGCCACCACGGUGACGGCCAGCAUGGGCGCCAGCCAAGACCCCCCCCCGCCGGCUGCCAACGGUCAGGGUGAGGGGGAGCCCCCCCCCAGCGAGGGUGGGGGUCCCUCCGUGCCCCCCCCCGGGACCCCCAGCCCCCCCGGCCCCAGCGGAGCCCCCCAGGCCCGGGCGGUCACCACGGUCACUCAGUCCACGCCAGCGCCGGGGCCGGCCGUGCCGAAGGCCGAGCCGGGGGCGCCGCCCCCCAAGGCGCCCCCCAAGAAGGAAAACCAAUGGUUCGAUGUGGGGGUCAUCAAGGGCACCACCAUGAUGGUCACUCACUACUUCCUGCCCGCCGAGGACGCGCCCCCGGACGACGAGGCCUCGGGGGUCCCGGACCACUCGCAGCUGCGGCGCCAGGAGCUGCAGCCGGGCACGGCGUACAAGUUCCGCGUGGCCGGGCUCAACGCCUGCGGCCGCGGCCCCUUCUCGGAGCUGUCGGCCUUCAAAACCUGCCUGCCCGGCUUCCCCGGGGCUCCCUGCGCCAUCAAAAUCAGCAAGAGCCCGGACGGGGCGCACCUGACGUGGGAGCCGCCGUCGGUGACGUCGGGCCGCAUCGCCGAGUACUCGGUGUACCUGGCGAUCCAGGGGGGGCCCGGGGGGGGUCCCGAGGCUCGUGGGGGAGGGGCUCAGCUGGCCUUCAUGAGGGUCUACUGCGGGCCCAGCCCCUCGUGCCUGGUGCCGGCCUCGAGCCUGGCGAGCGCCCACAUCGACCACACCACCAAACCGGCCAUCAUCUUCCGCAUCGCCGCCCGCAACGACAAGGGCUACGGGCCCGCCACCCAGGUGCGGUGGCUGCAAGAGUCGAGCAAGGACGGAGCCGCCGGGAAAGCCGGCAGCAAACGGCCCCUGGCGUCCCCCGACCUGAAAUCCGCUCCAAAGAAGCCCAAGGCCGAAGGGCAGUGAAGGACCCCCGGGACCCCCCCCCAAAAAAAAGAA